AUGCUCUACGAGACAGCUGACGGUCACAGGCCGCCAAUGUACAUGUACUCCAAUCCAGUGUCACACGCCGCCGAACCUUACUACCGCAAUGCAACCCACCCCGACCAAAGUCCUCGCAGCACGGACCGGGACGGUCACGAUGAGGACGGCGAAGGAGAAGCAAUACGGUAUCCUUCACUCGACCAACAUCGUCACUUCCCAUAUGCGGGCAAACAUGCACACACCCCAUCAUAUGAGGACGAUUUGGAGCAGCCGCCGAUAAUUGUGUCGUCGAUACAGGAGAAGGCGCCUCCAUUCCAGGACAGAGGUCACCAACCGGAACUGGACCAUCACUCGGAAGGGAUCCCAUCACAUUUCUCAGCUGGUUUACCCCCGCCUGUUCCAUCUGGUGCGAGCCAUGCACCCUACACACAGCAGCAGCAGAUGCUGCACUCGUCGUAUCCGUCUUCUGAUCGAGGGGACGUGCAAGCCUUCGAAUCAAGUCCCAACCACAAAGACUUGCAUCACACGUCUUCCAUGCCAGAACUAGGCAGGCAGGCGUUCGAUGAGAGCAUUCGGGAGCACGACAACGGGCAUCUUACGGCACAGGCAGACGCCUCUGGGUCGUACUCAACCCACAGCGGCGAGUACACAGAAGAAGACGAAGCAGAGACUCGCGAGAGGCCGAAUGUAGGGCUGUCCAUUGACACUCGGAGUCACCGGCCGGAUACGCUGCUCAGCGUGGGUCCAUCCCCCUACGAGCGCGCAUAUGGCCAUAGGAGCGAUGCGGAAUUCAGGUCGCCGAUUUCUGCAACAUUUACGGAAGAGCUGCAGCGAUCGCCGCAUCACCACCCGUAUGCAUAUGCUUCGUAUUCAGCGACCGAUGUUUCGAUGAUGGGCGCGCACGAGGCGGAGGAGAGGAUACCGUAUGGUUUCAAUCCGAUGCAUCGCCGAAGAUCGGUCUCGGCGCCACCUAUGGGUCUUUUGUCGAAUUACCACUACAGGGAGGGAGACUACGGCAUGGACGCGAGGACGGUGUCGGGCGUUGGCGAGAUGGGAAUCCCGGCCAUCCAGGUGACAAACGGAAGCCCGCGCAGUUCGUCACGGCUAGGGCAUUUCGCUCGCCAGUUGCAUCACCCCUACCAGCAUAGCGAACCUCCACCAUCACCGCAACAUGGCCGGCUGAGGAGGGAUGAAGAGUGCCUCGCCCUUGGGAACAAAGCGCACUUUCCCUCCACAACGUCAUCCGCGAGUCCACAACAUCAUCUCCGAUCACGGUCCUUCCCCUUCCACCCCGACAUCGCCAUCCUCUCCGACUUCCCCUCUUACCGCCAGGACAUCCCCAUCAAGAUCAUCACCCUUUCCGGUCCUCAAUGUGCAGGGAUUGGCGCUCGCGUCCCCACUACCUGUGGAAUCGUCAGGACUGCACGACCGGUCUCCCUCGUCCCCGCGAAGCGCCAAUUUGGACAGCCACACGGGAGCGAAUUUGAGUAUCACCAGUAUGAGCAUGAGAGUGUGUACCACGGUCACGACGGUUCACACAUGGGACCCGUUCCACACUCCAUGUUCCAGCAACACCAUCUCCAACAGUCCGGAUCCGCGUACUCCGUCCCCAGCAACGGCUACCCCCACCAGAACGGAAUGAUCCCCUACUCAAAGCACGACAUGCAGCACAUGGAGAACCCGUACCCGGCACCCCCGCCCUCAUCUCAAGAAGAAACAGCCGCAGCCGCCGCAGCGGCAGUCGCAACCUAUCACAUGUACCAACGCUCCUCCCAUCUGCAUCUACACCAAAACCAACACCAACACCGCGACAACCGCUACACCGCCCUGACAGGCCCACCCCACCCACCCCUCUUCGUCCCCGCCCCCCGCAUGCACAAAUGCCCCAAACCCUUCUGCACCAAAGUCUACAAAAACGCCAACGGCCUGAAAUACCACCUCGACCGCGGAAUGUGCGAGCACGACACAUCCUCCCCAACGGCAUCCGCUUCCAUCCCCGGCGGCCCCAAAUCAGCUUCACCCACCCUCCUCCACAAUUACACCACCCGACCGCACAGCCCCGCGGAGCCCACCACGCCGUCAUCAGCGUCACCUUACGCAGACCCAAUCCAGGCCGCUGCGGCGGGCACGGUGAAGAUCGCACACCGACCGUAUUGGUGUAAAGUGCCGGCGUGUGGGAAGAAGUAUAAGAAUCUGAAUGGGUUGAAGUAUCAUGCGAAGGCGGCGCAUCCGAUGUUGGAUUUUAGGGAUGAUGUGAAGGGGGUUUUUAUGGCUGGGAGUUGA